AUGUCUCAUGUGAUCUUCCUUCGAAGAAGAUACAUCCAACAAUUUUUUGUAGGAAAAUCUGUAUCUCUGUUGUUCUGUAACUAUCAAAAUAAGACACUCGAGCUGGAAAGAGCUAAGGGGUUAUUUGUAGAGUCCCACGUACAUGAAAUACUAGCACUAUUCUCGAUCCUGAUGUUAACUACAAAUUCAGACGUCAUGAUUAAUCUUUUUGGCUCGCCUUUACUCUACCAAUUAAUCGAAAUUCAUGCUAGGAAAUCAAUUGAAUCAAAUCUUGAUCGAGAAUCAAUAUUUGGAAAAACCAUUAAGGUGGCAAUAAAAAAUUCAUGUAAAGAUGUCACAAAAUGGUUUCUUGAACAGCUUGCGAAUGAAGAAAUUUUGAUAGUUAACGCAGGCUAUACCGUCUUGGGUUGUUUAAAAACAUUACCUACUUCAUCUAUAAGAAAGGAUCAGCGAAACAAUUCAUCACAAAUUAUCUCGACCGAAUCAUAA